AUGUUAAGAUUAAAGAAUAAGUUUAAGUUUGGAACUUCAACUCCUUCUAGUUCCAAUAGUUCGACUCAUGAUAAGUCAGAAUCUCCCGAUCUCAAUUCGACAUCCAAUUCGUCUCCUCGUAAUUCCGUCGAUUCCAGAAGAACUAUCUCCGUCAAUAAUUUGACAGAAAAUGUUCUGAAAUUAUCCAUAGAUCAACAUUCUAAUAAUUCCGGAGGCACUAGUACUCAAAAUGGUUCAUCAACUGCCAUUAAUUCAAGUAUUAGUAUGGAAACUCCUUCUCAAUCUGCAUCAUCUGACGUCAUUAACGAACAACCAAACACAACUGUCAUUUCAAAUCCUGGUCUCUUAACGGUAAAGAUAUAUAAUUCCAAUAAUAUUCAAUUACCAAUUGAAAUAAAUAAUAAUAAACGGAUUUUACAUGCUUUAGCAAUUAAUUCAAAUAAUGCAUCAGUUAGUCAACAAUUAUUAAGGAAUUUAUCAACCCUUUCAACUCCAAAUGAAGUAGAUGAUGAUAAUGAAAAUGGAGGAUUAAAUGAUAAUAAUGCUAGUGAAUAUUUAUCAGGAGGUAUAGCUACUAAUUUAUUACCAUCAAUCAUAACUAUACCUUCAGAGAAUUUAGUUAAAUCAUUAUUAUAUUUGACAAUUGAAUUUGAAAAUAACGUUUUAUUAAUUGAACCUCAAAAGGGUUCAGUAAAUCAAUCAACUUGGAAUCAAGUAGUAUCAUUCGAUGUAACCAAAUCAUCCUUAUCCAAUCCAAAUUCUUCAAAUGGUAGUAAUGGAUCCAAUAACAAUAAUACAGGCUCGAAUUUUCUUAAUUUGAACUUAUUCAUAAGAUUACCUAAUUCACUUAUUCCUGAAUCUGAAAAGGAAUCUAAAAAGCAUUUAUUCACAAACUAUAAUUCGUCAUCUCCCAAUGCUGCAGCCAAUUCAACCAAUAUUGGUGAUUUGUUGAUUGGAACUAUUAAAUUACCAUUAAAUUUAAAAUAUCAUACUAAGCAAAUAAGAUUAAUGAAUCAUGAAUAUUUAAAAUUCAAUAAUUUUAAUUUGGGACAGAAUUUGUCCAAAGAAAUGGGAGAAAUUAUGUUGACCAUUGAAUUUAAACCUAUAUUAAAGACUCAUUUAUCUAUUGAUGAUUUUGAUUUAUUGAAAGUAAUUGGGAAGGGAUCCUUUGGGAAAGUUAUGCAAGUUGUUAAAAAGGAUACCAAGCAAAUCUAUGCUUUAAAGACAUUAAGAAAGCAACAUAUUGUAUCAAGAAUGGAAGUUACUCAUACUUUAGCUGAAAGAACUGUAUUAGCCAGAAUUAACAAUCCAUUCAUUGUUCCAUUGAAAUUUUCUUUCCAAUCACCUGAAAAAUUAUAUCUUGUACUAUCAUUUAUUAAUGGAGGUGAAUUAUUCUGGCAUUUACAAAGAGAAGGGAAAUUCUCAAUGGAUAGAUCUAGAUUUUAUAUUGCUGAAUUAUUAACUGCAUUAGAAAGUUUACAUGAAUUGAAUGUGAUUUAUCGUGAUUUAAAGCCAGAAAAUAUUUUAUUGGAUUAUCAAGGUCAUAUUGCACUUUGUGAUUUUGGAUUAUGUAAAUUAAAUAUGGGGAAUGAUGAUAGAACUUCGACAUUUUGUGGUACUCCUGAAUAUUUAGCACCUGAAUUAUUACUUAAUCAAGGUUAUACUAGAAGUGUUGAUUGGUGGACAUUAGGUACUUUAUUAUAUGAGAUGUUAACUGGAUUACCACCAUUUUAUGAUGAUGAUACUAAUACUAUGUAUAGAAAAAUCUUACAAAAUCCUUUAAAAUUCCCGGGAUUUUUAGAAGGAAGUGAUGCUCAAGAUUUAUUAAUUCAAUUAUUACAAAAGGAUCCUAAACAUAGAUUAAAUGAUGCAGAAAAGAUUAGAAGUCAUCGAUUCUUUAAAGAUAUUGAUUGGCAAAAGUUAUUAAAUAAGAGUUAUUUACCUCCAUUUAAGCCUAAUGUUGAGAAUUUAUUAGAUACUUCUAAUUUUGAUCAAGAAUUCACAAAGGAGAAACCUCAAGAUUCUGUUGUGGAUGAUUUCUUAACUGAAAGUGUUCAAAAACAGUUUGGAGGAUGGACUUAUAAUGGGGAAAAUGCCUUUAAUUGA